GAGGCGGAGCUCUGAACCUGACCUUCGGCGCAGUCCGCUGCGUGAAGGGAUGGACACGAGCCAGCUGCGUGGCUUGGAUCCUGUGCUGCCUCGUGGAGGUGGAUAUUGACACAGAUUGGGAUAAGCUCCGUCCUAUGGUCAAUGUCAUCCAGAACUGCUGGCUGCUGCCCAUGCAUGUAGCUCUGGACAUGUCCGAAAUCAAGCAAAACUUCAGGAACAUGGCCCUGAGCUUCAGAGGGAUGGAGCGGCAGCCCCCGACAAUCCUGCAAAUGGCAUUGCGGUUCUCGCGGGUUAUGGAAUUGCAGGCGACUACCGUGACAGGCAGCACCGAGGCUCGCUUGGAAGCUGCCAUUGAGCAGUUCAACAAGGGCAGUGACCUCAAUGUCAAGCAUUCACUCGAUGACGACAAAAAGAGAUCCAUCCUGAACAUAUUGACUGGAACAACCAAGGAGACCCGCGACAUCAUGGCCAUCCACCUGAACUUCUACAAGUGGCGGGAGAGUGCACUGUCUACCGAACAGAUGAAAAGCUCUCGCUGGCUGCUUGGGGCGACGAGAAAGAACACGGCCGAGGCAGUGAAGCCGCACUUGGUGGUGAAGGCCCGAGGCCAAGAAAUGCUCAUGGCUUUGCACAUCCGCCAAUUCGAGAAGGGUGGUCGCCGGUUGAAGGCGAGUGCUCGGACCAAGCUGCGCUUGUCACCGCCAGAUUUCGAGAAGCUGGUGGACUAUGCAACCCUGAUGGACUCUGUCAGGGAAGCUUCCAAGCUCCUGAAGAGUGAUCCGGAGAUUGAUGCUGCACUGGUCUCGGCAUUCUUUGCCAAGGAUUACUUCGAUGAGGUGACAGUUGCGGCGGCAAGCAAGAACGAGUGCUUCCGUUUGCAGGGCUUGCAGGUGUGGGCAGAGCUUGUCGACAGGCCGGCCGUCCCAGCCGCCUUGAAGGAUUCAAUGUCCAUGGACCUCCAAGAGGCCGAGGAAGCGGCGGCGAAGGCCAAGUUUGCAGAAGUCAAGGCUCGCAUUGCGGCGGACAGCAAGACCAUGACAGAGUACAACAUGGCUCGCUCUCGAAUCGAGUCCCAACGGCACGUCCUGACUGUCAUGCACCACAAGGAGCAGGAGACGAUUGGCAAAAAGAUACCUGACUUGCUUGUGGACGCUCACAUGCAGAGCAAGGCAUUCAUGGUGGCCACCACGGACCUCGUUCUCCCUCCGAGCUUCGAUAUCUUCAUGAAGAACGUGGCGACUAAGACCUCGCAGACUAUCUCCAACCUUCGCGUCAUUGGCUACAUCGACGCAACAAAGUUCGGGAUCCUGCUGCAGACGGACAUCGACAAGAUCGCCAAUUGGGCUGAAAAAUUGGUUGCGAGGCGCCUGGAAGACAAAUUGCUGCACCACAACCUGGACUUCCGCCCGUUUCACGUGGUGAUGGAUUCUGCAAACAUUCACGCCAACAGCAGUUGCCCAGAGGCUUAUAUGGCCCUGUUGUGCAUCUCUGAUGCAACCCUUCCCAGCAAGGGCACGGGGCACAAAGUGUCACGUGUCUCGGAAAAAGUCGAUCCGACAAGCGUGAAUCAAUGGUGUUCCAGUGCUCUCUGGACCAGGCAAACCCUGGGCGCUCGACCCAAGCAACUUGCAGAAUCCGAUUAUGUGACCCUCAGUGCUGCAACCAGCCACGAGGGGAGAAGGAACUUGACGGAUUUUCAGGAGACCGCACAGUGGAUGGGCGGCAAAGACCUCCCCGCAUGUGAUGACCUACCGCUGAGACAGCGAACCGUGGUCGUGCACUGUUCCCUCUUCGAUGGAUGUGUGGCAGCCGCACCCUUCGACAAGAUUCGCCCGAGCUUUGUCCCCGAGCCCACGAACCUGCCGCUGCAGGCAGACGCUCCAAGCUUCCAGAUUUGCCAUUUGCAUGACAAUGCCCUGACGCUUCCUCGCGACAUCAGAGGAAUGUUCCUCGGGGAUCCGGUGAGGGCCCCCGAGUGGAAGGACAUCUUGAGGGAUUUCGACCGUUGCUACGGAGUAGCGGGCUCAGUCUCAGCCCCGCCCCAGACCGGUGCCAGCGAGACACCGAUCCCGGAAGUGGACUGGACCUCGAUUUUCCCGGAUGUCCCACAAUUCUCGGAAAGCAAGGUCAAGGCAAAGUACGCCUUCGCAGGAGUUCAGGGUGUGACGUGCUAUGUCGUGGAGCCGGCAGACUAUGAUGGUGAGACGGGCAAAGCAGCAAAGUAUGAGCUGUGGGUCGCUGCCACAUGUGAGGCAACGAUCCCUGGGACAAUCCCGUUUUUGACAUAUGGUGCGGGCUCCUGGCUGCUGGAUGGCAAAGCAGAGACCGCGCUUCGGGAAACACCGGAGAAAGUGAUUGCUUGGAAGUUCAACUCGUGCACCGUGCAAGUCGUCCUGGAGGAGGAAGGCAGCGACAGCGAGCUGAUGACCCUGCUGCAGCUGGUCCAGAAGAUCGAACGGAUGGGUCACAUGGACAUCGCCGUCUCUGGCCAUGUUGCAGAGCGGCCGCCAGAAGUAGUUCAGGGCAACAUGCCGGACACGCUUGGCUCCGAGUUUCUACCAUAA